AUGAAUCAAGUCAUCCAGCCGCUGCCUCUGGCGUCCGACUACCCCCUCUCGUCGGAGCAGGAGUGCAGCAACAUCGAGCACAUCGGCUCUCAUGCACAUCACGGCUUUGCCGUCCCCGAUACGCUGAGGCGCGACGGCCAACCGUCCUCGCUGCACUCUCUCAGCGGCAGCAAUGGGCUGCGUUACAUGCCCCAUCGACCACAUGAAGCACAGCACCAAACCGGCACUGGGUUCUCCGACUCCAGCUCAGGCUCCAUCUCGACCAGUCCGAGCUCAAACACAUCCUCGUUAGCCUUCUCGUCCUUUUCGGCAGCCAGCGUCGGAUAUCCCACCCCCAGCCUGGCAAACUCGUACUCGACUACGAACCAGUAUUUUCCAAGCAACUACCAGCAGUUUGGCAACUUGAAUAUGCGCCCAAGGAUGUCGUCUAUAACGGAACAUUCGACACCGGGUAUGCUGCCUCCUGCACGAUCACCAGGGAUUGGCAAUCCAGUGUCACCAUCUCUGGGAGCAUCUGCUAGAGAUAACUACACUACUUCCACGCCUGGUCUUCACAGGCAUUCUACUCUCUCCCCUCGUGGGCACCUCGAUUCGCUUUCACGAGCUCAUCAGUACGGCUCGCAGCCCGAAACUCCUCGCAGCCUCCUUCAGACCACUCCACUCUCUCCGCCAUCGGCCUCCUCGUACAGUAGCGCAGGGACCAUGUUGAGCUACUCAAACAACCCACAGGCCCUGACUGACACCCCCCCCUUCAACCAACAGGAGAACUAUGGCGACAUUACUUGCGAUGGCCAGACCAUUGUCCCUCACAUUGAGGCCAAAAUCGAAAAGGGUUUCUUCUUCUCCAACGAUAGAGUUUGGACAUGCUAUCGACGGAACUAUUUCUCUGUCCUUGUGUCAUACGCACUAAGCCCACACAUCAGCAACAACGGACGUCUCUACCUGACCCGUGGGAACAAGCCAGCGGAGCAAAUCCAGUCGAUUGCAAUGUCGUUGUCGGCUGCCGUGGAUGGAGCUACUGGGAAAACGAUAGAACUUAUUCAACACACCCCUAAGCGAGACAAGGGGCCUCAACUUGCCAUCACCAAGCAGCUCCUCUCUCCGACACCUCCCGGGAAAGCGCAUAACGAUCACACUUACGGCAUGGCUCACUACCAGUCCACGCAAAGUGUAGGAGGGCCUUUUCUACCGCUCCAAAAUGAAGGAGAGCAGCCUCAUGGGUACGCUCCCACAGGCCACUCCGCGGCCACGCAUCAACACAUCUUUGAGCGAAUUCAGUUCAAGUCUGCGACGGCCAACAAUGGAAAACGUCGGGCACAACAGCAGUACUACCACUUGAUUGUGGAACUGUGGGUCAACAUACAGAAAGGCUGUGAUGAUAAGCCCAACUGGUUUAAAGUCGCACAGCGGGUGUCUCAGCCCGUUGUUGUACGUGGUCGCUCACCAAGCCACUACCAAAAUGAAGGACCACAUGGCACCGGAAAUUCAGGGAGAGGGGGAACAGGCCCUGGUGGACCUGGCCAUCCUCAUUACGGCCCUGGGGGACUACAACGCUUCAUGCCCUCUGGAGGCUUAGGCGGUGGUGGGUUGUCUGGCGGAUACGGUGCGGGAGGUUAUCGUCCCGGCAACCAAUACUCAUUGGACCCCAGCCCAGUAGGGAGUCACUCAGUUAGCUCAGCUAGCUCAUUGAGUGGAGGUCCAGUAGAGGGCUUGGUUGGAGACCAGCAUAUGAUGGACGAAGAUGAAAGUAAAGCGAUCGAUGGGUACGACGGCUACCAGUACUAUCCCAGUCCGCUCUACGACGCCGGCAUUUCCCAAGACAAACCACCUCCAGCAUCAUUUCAGGAGGCACGAAGGAUCAAGGAAGAGUCGGUUUCGACUGGCUGGCAGGGUGGAGGGUGCGGCCGCUUCCAAGGGAUAGAAUCCAGCCGUGGCUACUACCCCGACCUCCUCGCUGCUCAUACUAACCACACCACGUAUUGA